UAGCAGCCAGAUGGACCUCAGAAAAUUUGCACCUUUUGUCUUUCUCCUAAACCUGGGGAUUCUCCCUCUAACUGUAAAAGGUAUGCCAGUCUCUUCUUUUCAUCGUAGGCCGUUGCAAUCAGCAUUUGUAUGUUCUUAUACCUAACAAAAGGCAAAUAUUACUUUUUUUCUUGUAACAUAGUUGAAAAUUGUUAAAAUUUCAUCUCCUGAAAAGCAAUUCACCUCGGUCAAAGACUGUCUAUUUUGUUCUUUAUUUUUUAAGGAACACUGCGUGUACUUAUUUAGACCUCCUCAUAUAAAGAAAGAAGGUCUGACAGCUAAUAUUUUUGAAUUUCUAAGUUGUUCUGAUUUACAACUUUGAGGAACACAACAAGCCCCUCCCUCUCGUUUAAGUGACUAACUCAGUGUUCGAGCUUGCGACUAGAGUACUAAGGUCAAAGUCUCUGAUCGAUGCAUUUUUCCAUCUUAUUUAAUGUGCCAGUUUCUAUACAUCUCACGAUCUCGAGAAAAUGAUUAUAUUACAAAGUUUUCGAUGGAGUAAUUUGUUUGUUGUAACUCUGUUCUCCAAAAUAGUACAGUCCGUUUCCGUCAGCGGGCUACCACUUGGAUUGAAGGAAAACGAAACAAAAUUUUAAUCACAGACAGGUGAUUGACUCUUGAUACGAUAUUUCAUAUACCCAAAAGACCUAUAAAAUUGGAGAUUUCACAGCUAGAACAUAAGAUUUUGACAGUGGGGUGAGAUCUCUGAAAUUAAACCUGCCCCUUACACUCCACACCCACAUUCUUAUGCAACGCGAAAGUUUUAAUCCAUUUCAAACUUUUGACGGCCAAAGUGAUAGCUGGCAGUUCAUCAACCCAUCUUUUACAGAAAACCUUAAACGAAUUUUUAUUCUUUGAGUUUCCUACUUUGGAAUCAGUCAUUUCCGCACUUCUACCGAUAUUCAUAUUUCCUAAUCCGUGCAGCUCUGUUUUAAUCCAAUCGGAGAUAACUGUCAUUCGCGGGCUACCCUUUUGGUGCAAGGAACCGAGCUUACUCGACACACUGCGUGUGCGCGCGUAGCAAAACGGUAAUUUGAUUAAUCUAGAUAUUUAGAUUUGCUCUCAACAAGUGGAGUAACUGAACAUGAACGAAAAAGGAGCUAGGGGAGAUAAAAUUGGACUUAAAACAAAUCUAAAGAGAGUUAUUACAGUAGCUAUUCUCCAAGUUUGCCAUUUGGACCGCCGCGAUCUUUAUCAAAUAUUGUCCAAACCAAGAGUGAAACAUUGAAAUAUGAUAAAGGCGAAGCAAACAAUAUAAAAACUAGAUGAUAUCAAAAUUUGCAUACAGAUACUUACCUCCAAGACGAGAAUGCGCUUGUAUAGAACUGACCAGAUAUGCCAUUCACCAAAUUGUUCAGUACAAUUCCAGAGAAGCAUGUUGAGCAUUUGAGGGGCGGGGGGGGGGGGGGUCCAAAGAAAUCGGUCGUUCAGUCCGCCUGCCAGUAUUAUGUCACAUCUCGCGAGCAAAGUGUUCAUCGAAGAGACAGUUAAAAAUUUCGAAUUUACCAAGGAAAUACCGCUCUGAUUUUUUGGAUUUGGAGAUUUUAAGUUCCCUCUUGUCAUAGAAAACUAGACUUUAGUACUUUUUUAGGAUGAAACGUCUACUGGUGUAAUAAAUUUUAAAGAUUCCUUUCUAUCGUUGAAAAAAUUUUAUGGGCAAUCAAACCGACCAGUCACACUUUUGAGGGCCAGUGCACAGCAAGAUUGAGAAAUUUAGACACAGCAAUAGGAGGUUCAUCAAAGGAUUUAUUAUACUUUACAUUGUGCGUAUUUUGAGCUCUUCAGAGCUAGUGGAACCCCAUAUCAAUCCUUUCAAGGUUCGCUUAGCUGUAGCGUUGAAAGAGGAAGCUACAUGACAGAUAUUUGUGAGAGACUGUGAGCACUGAAUCUUGUUGCGUUAACAUGGUUUAAUACUGUACUGGGCAUACACCUGUAAUUCUAUAAUUAAAUCCGGAAAACCAAUGGUUUCGUUUAAUUAUUUUUUGGAGGCAAACCCGGUGGAGAUUUUAGGGUAAUAAUAUUGAUGAUUAAGCCGAUGUACAAAAGGCAGGUUUAGUAAACUAGUACAGUCUUGUGGUGUACUGUGUGUUGUUUGUCAUGAUGUCAACUAACAUUGAAAAAAAUUCAGCUGUUUGAGAGGAGAGGGGACAUAAGCUGACAGCUUGUGGUUUUUUCUGGCCGUAAGCUUGGCCAGUAUGCAGAUCAAGAACUCUUGAAAUUCCUUCCCAAAAUAAUACUCCGGACUUAAGCUUAAAAUAUAUAUUGAUCCCAGUGCAUGACCAGCAGGGUCAGCAGUAAGAAUAAAGAAAAACAGGCGAAAAGGAAAAACCAAAUAUCAAAACAGUUUACACAAGCAGAUUAUAGCAACACUAAAGCUCACACACAUUCGAUCAAAUUAGCGAUAUAUAGCGAUAUUUGAUAGCUUCUUAGCUUUUCCUCGACCUCACUCGUCCUAAUAACUGUCGUAUCCCUUGCUAAUUUGCACAAGCGACCGCGAGGCUCUUGCCCGUUACUAUGUGACGUCAUACUGGCAGGCGGAGUGGGUCAAGAAACUUAGGAAUAAAACAAUAGAGUUACCUCCCCUCCCCACCCCCUGAUGUUGAGUAAUUGAAAUGAAAAAUAUCUGUAUAUAUAAACUUCUUCUUCCUAAAGUUUCUCACCUAACUACAAGCCAAAGAUUUUACACCUCGCCUGGAAAUGAAAAAUGAAAAAAAGCUAGGCUACGUUUUUUAAGCGCAUAUUUCUUUUACCUAUAACGCCAAGUUACGUUUCUACAGCGCUAUUUAAAUGAAAAGAAAAGUCACAAUAUCCUUGCAAAAGAACAGCUUUUGGUGAUAUUUCUUUCAAACUGAACUUCACUAAAUGAAGAAGAAUUAAUUUUCUGUCCUCACAUCUUAAUAACACACGAAAGUUGCUUAUCUCUCCUCACCUUUCAAAUAAACACAGACACACCCCUGGCCGCUCUUCAUUUCUUUUCAAGCAACACUCCGUCUCUUUCCAUCCCAUACCUACACUACAUUGAGACAUUUUUUCCUAUUUUACAGGCAUUUCCUAUCAGGUUGGAAAACUGAACGCAUCAGAGACACGCCAAGGAUGGAAUUGCAACGGUGGAUGUGAGGCGCCACAACAUUGUACACUGCCACGCCGUACUAACGUGAUAUUUCCGCAAACGUUUAGUGGAUCUGGAACAGUAAGUAAAGCCUAAGCAAUUAAAAAUUACCGUAUUUCUUCAAAUAAUAACCUCGAGCGAUUAUUCGAGGGAGGCGAUUAUUUCAAAUAUUGGUCACUGGAAGUCGGCCCCUAAAUAUUUUAUUUUGUUACCCGUUAAUAAAAAUAAAGAUAUAAUCACAUCAAAUAUACUAAACAUGGGCUUUAUAAGUUUUCAAAAAAUGGUUCCUUGUCAGGAGAAAUCCUGUUCCUUGGUUAUUUUUCAAUUUCAAUAUCCUUGGCGUUAGAGCUUGAAUCGUCACCAAUCAGUUUUGCUGGAUGAGAUUCCACUUCAGCUUUGUUUGUUAUCCAAGGUGUCAAUUUUUAACUCAACAGGGAGGUGGUAAAGAAAGAGAAGAUAGCGAGAAUGGUGGGGGUUAGGGGCGAUUAUUUGAGGGAGCCGAUUAAUCGAGGGUCGGCUAUUUUUCGAGGAAAUACAGUAGUCUAAUCUUAAGGGUUGGUGGCAACUUUCUUUUGUUAGCAGAACACAAUAAGAUUCUCUAGAAACUAAUGUAUUUAACAAAUUUUGAUUUGCCAGCAUAGUGGCCUUUGUAAUGUUAUGACCUCAGACAAUUUAGUGCGCAUAGGUGUGCUCAAGUGCUCCCUAAUCCCCAGGAUGCGAGUGUUUUCAAACAAAACAAGACAAAACAAAAAAGCCAGAGAAUUCUGACAAUAAAAUUAGGCUAGAAGAUCUUUAAUCCUUGGAAUUGGCGUCGGGAAUGGAGGGUUGAAUUAGAUCCUCUUUUUCUUCAGAUUUGGUGUGAGGAGUGCACGCAGGCACGAGCAUUGAAAUCACAAGACGCGCGCGAGAAACGUGGCCGGUAGUCUCGCCCCUUCAGUCACGCGCGUGUUCAUUUGCGUUUCUCGCGCGUUUCGCUCGACAGACAGAUCAACAGUCCGGAAUAUCCCUAAAUUUAAGGACAGGGCCAAAUGGUCACGCGACACUGUUCAACCAAGUAGAAGGUGGGCUUGUGUUUAUCGAAACAUCGACCAAGUGAUCAAAAAUUUUCACAACAGCGGGACAGUGUCGGACAGAUUUUAAGAUAAGCUUACAAUACUCGGCUAGGUUUCACAUUAUUUCAAAGAAAACAUUUGAUGUAAGAGAAUAAGAGUAUUAUUCAUUGCAAGGAAUCAUUGGGGUGUUCGAACUGAUUCUGGACCGAUCGCAGAGGUCGUGGCUUCACUGACUUGGCUUGCAAGAUUUUUGAUAGAAGCAAACUUGAAAAUUUGUUGAGAUCGUACAAAACAUGGGAAUGGUACUACCUAUUAACUUCUACAGGACAAGAAUCAAAGAACCAGUCAUCAUAACAAGAAUAAAAAGUAGUUCAAAUUUAUGAAUUUUCCUUGUUUGUUUUUUUGUGUUGUUUUGUGUUGACUUCACGCAUCUGGUGCUUUCUUUGCUUGUUGUCGUACCUGCAAUGUUUUAAUUUUAUCCCAGAUAAUCAGUGCAUGAUUAAUGUGUAGCGAACUACAUCAUUUACAGUUGAAAUUUGUCUUCUUUCUUUGAUUUUUUUAACUGUGGAUGAACAUUUGGAGAAUCCAACAACAAUAAAUCUUUCCUGAUUUGGUGAAUUUCAGAAACAAAGCGGUUAAUAACUACCUUGCGCUUAUGAUCUUUAAAUUUAUCCCCGCAAAUUCGGCAAAGUGCGGCAAGAUGCAUGUUGGACGUGAAUAUCCAUAAGACUAAUAAAGUUGUUUUGGCCUUGAAAAGAAAAAAGGCAAAGGCUCGAAUUAAUGCGAAAAAAAGUAGUAACACGGCUCAGCCAUGUCUGCGUGAAACCUGGGAGUGGAACACGUUCGACCUCACGCAUCAAGGACAAUUUCUCACAUCUGACUCUCAAAUCCGGACAAAUUGUUCUUGACACAUGAUGACUGUGUCCUUUUUUGUGUUCUAAUGAAAUCAUAUCAAAGCACGCUAAAAGUGUCGUCUUUUAAGUAGCUUCGAAAGUGCUCAAACGUCAGGUCUUCUGGAACAUCUGCGGACAUUUAACUUUCGGCAACGUUCGGAAGUCUUCGGUAAUUCGUCGGAAAUCUUUGGAAGUCGCCGGGACGUUUCGUGAAAUCUUGGUUAUGACAAGGUGAAAAUCUCACGCAUUUGACUCAGAAAAAGCUGGCAGGUAUAAUAUUGGGACGUAGAUCGUAAGAAGACCAAGAAAACCGUCUCUGAAUCAUCUCAGUAAAACCCUGCAAUUGCCUCAGUUUAACGCCCUCAUUCUGAGCAGCCAUCGUAUGCUGGCGCGUUCUCAGAGAAACGUAAAUUUGAAAUCAUAGUGCAUUUGCAGAUGGUACAUAACACACAUGAGAUUUUAAGCGUCUUGCUGCUAAGAUUACCCCUAAAAACGCACAUUUGAUCACAUUAUACGAUGAAAAGAGUUGAACAAUGCUAUUCAAGGCCUUAAGAACAAGUUUUGUAGAAAAUAAAGGACAAUCAGGCCCUUUGUCAGUUGACAGUAAAACCCAAGGCAAAUGUCAGUAGUCAGUUAAAUUUUCGGCUAUUUGUGAGUUGUCAGUCGUCAGUUAACCCCAUCCAGACCCUCUUCUAGGUUGUCUACUAUCCCCACAUUCAACGUGAUAAACGUUAAUGGAUAUGACAAUUGAGGAAAAAUAUCUAGAACGUCGUAAAAAAUCUGUAAAUCGAAAAAUAAUAGAUACUUGUUCACCUACCUUGAAAAGCGACCAAAAUCUCGCCUACAUCGUGUUGUUUAAAAGAAGAAACAAAAUGUGCUGAAUAUUUCACGAGACACUUCCAAUAUGGCUUUCGAUACGCUGUCCACUUAAAAAAAAUUGUGUAUGCCUCAUAAAAAGUCUUACAAAUAUGCCUGAGAGUCUCGAAACGGUGACUGUGAUCGUUUAGGUAAUCUAUCCGCCAUUUUCCUCGAGAAAAAUAGCUCCAUGACGUUACAACUGUCCUUAAAUUUAGGGAUAUUCCGGACUGAUCAAGGUAGAAGAAAAAAGAGAGACUGCUCGUAGUCUAGGGUUGAAUUGUCGCCUGCAAAUUUUCAUUGAUGCUUAUCUUUUCAGGUUCGAGUCUUUGUGUCAUUAAGCCACGAAGAUCAGUCUUCAGUAGUUCAUUCGCCUUCUGCUGUGUGGGCAGAGUCCAUAAGUACAGCUGGAUUUCAGUUAUGCUCGCGUGCAACAGGUUCUACAAAUGACACUGGAAUUAUCAACUGGGUAGCGUUUCAGGACAAACCCAUGUUAACGCACGGAAGCGUUACUUUUAGUGGAAUAUGGACAACAGAAACCAAGUGUGAGAAGGUGGCCUUUUCUCAGGUUAGAUAACAAUAAUUGAUAACAAGUGUAUAAUUUUGUUAUAAAGGAGUAAAACGUAAUUAAAUAGUAGAAACAAAUGAAAUAGUAUCAGAAAGUUUUGUUCUAAAACAAAUGGUCUCUAGUUCAAUAUCCGGAAUUUGUUCUUAUUGGAUAAUCGGACCCAUCAAAGUGCAUUGCUAGACGUCUUGUUAAGCUUCCUCUCGGGCUCAGAUUCAAACUUUUCCUUCUAUCGCCUUUAGACAAACCAUUUUCACGUUUUACUUUAGAACAUAGUUAAUUGAGUGGAGUGGUUAUGAAACCAGUUAGACUCCUUUGUUAUAUGUUUUUGUGGACCAGAAAGUGCACAACGUUCAACAGCAUUCCUGUCAUUUGGAUUGUUUUGACCAAUAAAAACGUUGCAUUAAUAUAUUCUGUAACAAUUUGCCAACAGAAAACAAAGGAUUGUGCGCUUUCAGGGUGCUUCCAACAUAAACUGCAGCACUGUAAAUUGUUAAUUUAUCAUUGAUGUUUGCCGCUUUUCACAACCAGUCUCCUCUAAUAACUAUGUUUAGAAGUAGUGAUUGAAUAAUGCUUGACCGUUUUGAUUGUAUUGAUGUAUCAAAGGAAAUUGGGAAAAUAGAAGUCUAUUUAUUUAAUGAUGUUAAAUUUUUGGCAUUAAACCUAACAAAGUUAGCCGAACAGAAACAUUGCUGUCAGUAGCUUUAUUUAAGUAAUGGGCCAAAUAAGAUGCAUUCAACAACCUUUUCAACACUUCGUAGAAAGAGGUGAAGAGGGGUAGAAAAUUGAGUCGAUGUGAAUAGACAAGAUUUAAUUAAUCUGCUACCAUUAGCCUUUGAUAAAUCCUUAAUUUCAUUUAAGUGCCACUGAGCACUUCAUUGAUACGAUCAUGUUGAUUUAUAUCUCGAGAAGCUUGUUUAUUUUUUAGUCAAUAGUUUUUCAUAUAUCUAACAUUUUUUUGCAGAGCUUUGCUUCCAAGCCUCGUGUGUUUGCCUCUGUUAAGUACACUCGCAGUACUAAGCCAAAUGAUGCUAUGUACUUAUGGUUAGAAAACGUCAAUUCUGGAGGAUUUGAAGUGUGCUUAAGGGAAUUCUUGCCCUUUGAUGGAAAGCACCAAGAUGCAGUUGUGGUAAGUGAAGAAAAAUGCUCAAGUAAACUAUAAUAUUAUAAAUAUAAAUAAAUAAAUAACUUGACUUUGCCACACUUCGGCAGCCCGGACAACCAACUACCUAGAACGUUCGUAACACAAUUAAAGUCAGUGUCCUGUCUCACGUGUCUUAUGCAGUCAUUUCUUCUUAAAGGAAGUGUCGUUCGAUGCCUGACGCAACUCUUCUUGCAAAUUAAACAUUAUUUUCUUGUCCACAGGACUGGUUCGCAUUCACUGGAAAUGGGAGUCAACUUAAUUUCACAAUAACUGGAGAAGAAAUCUUUCCAAACAGUGGAAAUCCAUCGGCCAAAAACAACUACGGCUUUUGUCAGGUGAAAACUUUAGUUCUAACAAGAACAUUUAGCAAGCCACAGAACAUUUUCAGUGGUUGAGGUCACACUAGAGAAAACUUACUAUAGUAAACCUAAAUUUACCAGGCCAUGGUGAUCGACAAUGUAUCCAAAAUGGCAAUUCCCAGGUGAACGCGACAUGCUUAUCUCGCGAUUUGAAUGUGCGCAUAUUUUGGAAUUUUUAAAUUUCGCGACUUUGCGAGAAUUUUAUAUUUCGAAUCACUUCAAUUUCGCGUUGUUGAGUGGGCGAAUAUUAGAAGUGGGGAAUUUACAGACGAUGGGCAAAAAUAGAGGGAUAAGUGAGCACGUUCACAUCCAUUUACUAACCUACAUUACUUUUUUACCUAUUUACAGGAAGUACCUUUUAAUACGACCUUUUACAAAUCGCCAAUUGUGAUUCUUUCCGUAAAUCAUGAGUAUAACCUUAAGGUCAAGGGAAGUCGCCUUCCAGAAAAUAAUAUAAUAUCGUUCUGGGUUGAGGUAGGUUUGAAAAUUUAUUCUAACCUGAGAAAAAAGCCGGCAUUUCACGCUACACCACCACUAGUUUUUCCACAAAAUGACGUCUGAUGAACGAGAACGAAAAUUGCAUACUGAUGAUGUGUCACCUGGGCAUGCAGUGCUUCUGAUUGGUUGAUUAGAAAACUUCAAUUGCGGCACGACCAAUCAGGAGCAGUAUCUCGAUCUAGAAAGUGCCAAGUCAUCAUUAUGGGAUUUCUUCACUCGUUCCACAGACGUCUUUUCAACCAGUAAUUAGUUGCGUCGUGAAAUGGGGUUUUCCUCACUGGAUGAUAUUCUAUUCCAAUCAGGAGCAGUAUCUUGAUCUGGAAAGUGCCAAGUCAUCAUUAUGGGAUUUCUUCACUCGUUCCACAGACGUCUUUUCAACCAGUAAUUAAUUGCGUCGCGAAAUGGGGUUUUCCUCACUGGAUAAUUAAUAUUCUUGUUCAAUAAGGGAAGAGAAGUAAUCCGUAUAUUAUAGUAAAUUGCUAAAAGGACCGAGAAAGAGCCAUAAGAAACAAAUAAUUUGGACCUGAUCCGUGAAUUUCAUGACUUGUAUUGUCGUCGUAGAAAGUAAGAAGAAAUUAUGGAUUUUCUAGUAACUGAUGAGUGCUAUCACAUUUUGCUGUAGGACUUUGGAUUAGAAUCUAUGAAGAUAUGUGUUAAAGACCUCAGUGGAUUAGGAUCUAGUCAUGAUCCCUUGAUUGUCAGCUACGCUGUUACUGGAGGUUGGUAGUUAAUUUUCCUAUUGUAAUGAUCACUAUUUCUAGAAUUAUUGUUAUUAUUAUCAUUAUUAUUGUUUUUAUUUUCAUUGAUAUCUUUUAGAAGUUUUUAUUUGUAGGAAAACAUUUCAUGAUGAUACAAUUAACGAAACGCUGGAAUACAAACAAUUAUAUACCUUAUUCAUGUUGCACUCUACCUUUGCACGCACUUUAGGAUUGAUGGGAUAAGAGCAAUUAGAGGGCAGACAAGUACCGUAUUUAUUCGAAUAAGCGCCCAACCUCGAAUUAGCGCCCACCUCGAAUAAGCGCCCAUCCUAAAGGCAGAAAAAGUUAAUAAGCGCCCAGCCUCGAAUAAGCGCCCACCCCCUCCUCCUCCCAAUCAAACUCAAAUAAGCACUCACCCCCACCCCACCCACUUAAGUGAAUAAGUUUCAAUAAGAGACUUCCCCAAGGACUGAGUUUUUUUUUCAGAGUAUUUUACAGAAACCUUGCUUUGUUACUUCUUCGCGUUUUGUUAUUAGCAUUUAUUGUUUUGUUGCAAAAUAAACAUACUUCACUUGCUGAAAAUGGUGAAAAUUUAAUAAGCGCCCAGCCUCGAAUAAGCGCCCACCUCUAAUAAGCGCCCACUCUCAAGGUACAAAAAUUUAAUAAGCGCCCAGGGCGGUAAAUCGAAUAAAUACGGUAAUAAAAUUGCCAAGACGAGUAAUCGAGUAAUUGCGGUCGAGUUUGUUUAUUCCCUCAAAAUAAGACGACGAUUCUAGUCAUGCAAAAUGCAAAAUGUAAAGUUGGACCAGUUUUACUUCAUAAUUCCUUGCUGUGAAGACUUCUACUGUCGUGUACUGCAUUCAAAAUCACUUCCACCCGUAUUUUGCGAUUUUCGUUUUUAAUAUUGAAACUUCUUUUCUAUUGUGUGAUUUGUAUUUGCAGAUUUUAUCUCUUGUUUGUCUCCUAAGAAACCAAGUAACACUGCUUUAAUUUAUAUCAUCCGCCUUAAGCGCGUGCAAUGAUAGCGGGUAUGGUUAAUAAGGUCUACUAACGGUAAAAUUAAUUGGUUGAGUUGCUUGUAUGCAAACAGGACACUGCUAUUUAUUUUUAAUUCAAAUAUGAAAAAUAUAUUAGAAACUUAUGUUUUUUCUGAAUAGAUAACCACUCAUUUUUUUUUUCUUGGUGCAGAUCUUAAUCCUUGCCUUAAUAUGCAUUGCCCUCGAUUUGGAUUCUGCAGAACCUACAGUGCGCAUGACGCUCGGUGUGAGUGCGAUGACCAAUGCCCCUCAUAUAAAGACCCAGUGUGCACUGCGAACGGAACAACUUACGACAACCGAUGCUGGCAUAAGUUAAGCUAUUGCAGAGGACUUGAAAAUAAUAUGGUCUAUCACCCAGGAAGCUGUGAAGGUAACGAAAACUAAUUUCAACGAUUUUUUUGGCUGUAUAUGCCACAUAAAAUAGUCUGGCAGUUAAGCUCUCGAUCGCUGAGAAUUGUAGUUGUUGGUUCAAAAUUGCAUUCAAUUUGGCUUCUAGCUAUGGGAUGUUACUUUUAAGCUCACUUUUAACUCCUCACGCAGGCUAAGCAACAAUAGACAGCUGUAACAAGCUACUUCGUCUCUCUACUUUGGCAAACAAACAUAUAACAGCCCAGACUAUAGCCGAUGUUUUAUCUGUGUAAGAUCUUUUAUUCUCUUUUGCCUUGCAAUCUAGUUUUUAUCGCGUAAAAUUAGAUUUAUACAAAUUUGCUCGGGGCAAAUAUGGUUCAAAAAAGUGCAAAAGAGGAGGAAACGAAGUCAAAGAAAAGGGUGGUCAAUAUCACAUUUACAUACCAGUCUACAUCGAUUUGCAUAUUUGAGGGCAAAUGCAGUAUUUAUUAUCUUUGCCCUUGAUUUCAUCCUCUUUUGCACUUUUUUUUUGCACCUUAUUAGCACUGAGUAAAUUUGCUGAAAAUCAAAUAUUUCGCGCAGUGGCGCACGCUCCCACGCGUACAUGUCAUCACGUACGCUUUUGAGUUCUAAUUUUUUUGUUGGCCUCCUCCAGUAUUGCACAUGUUUAUCUUUAUACUGGCAUAUGUUUAUCUUGGGCACUGAAACCAGCAACCAGCAUGCAAUAAUAAGCAGCCACUAAACAUUUCAUUGUUGAGCGUAGCCGACAUUACAAGUUAUAGCCUACUAGUUCUAGUUCAAUUUCCACGCUUUUUUUAUUACCACCCUUCACCACUUAGAGUUACAGGACAACGCAAGCUAAUGAAGCUACGACCUUAGCGAUAAUGCUUAAAGAGUACAGUAAUUCUUCCUUAUAAAGUACUUAAUUUAUUAUAAAACAGGUUUUCCAAUUGUACGGGGCCGUAUAGAUCUGCUACAGGUUCCAAAAUGGUCAGAUUCAAACUGUCAGACAAUCACAUUUCCUCCAUACCGGUUUUAUCCGGAUAAGCAAGUUCGUGUUCAAAUAACCGUCAAUCACAUGAAGCUCAAUGACUCUGUGACAGUCCACGACGCUGUUACUUCAUGGACAGAAAGUAUCAACACAAAAAACUUCACCGUCUGUGUCAUGCAAACCGGGAGGAAAGAAGAAGCUGCGAAUCCAUUUGCCACCAUUGAUUGGGUGGCUUAUCAAGGAGCCCCACCCGAAGGAUUGACGGGAACGGUUGAGUUGCAGAAAUGGUGGUCUGGUACCAACUGCGCAGAUGUGACUUUUCCUACGGUGAGAGAUUAAUUGAUGCAAGUCCCCAUGGCAAAUGUUAGACUUUCAUUCACCCGACAGCUUUAAUCCACGCUGUCUUUAAAUUAAAAAAUAACGGAUCAUUACGAGGUAACUAAGAAGAAAAAUGACGAUUGCUACAAUAAAUAACAAGACAAGGCUAGGUAAUAAAUAAGAAGGGGAACUUACUCAGUGAUUAGUUGCGUGUAAUUUUUGUAGCAAUAUGCAUCUUAACUAGAUUUCAGUUGUUGUUGCGUGUUUUUUGGCUUUUUCUUCAGGGCAAGUUUGCUGAGGCGCCAAUAGUCCUUGUGACGUCAGAGCACCUGAGGACUGGUAAAGAGUAUGAUGCUGCUCUCAUUUGGAUUGAGGACGUAACUAAGGACUCAGUUAAAGUCUGUCUUCGUGAAAUGCAAAACUUUGACGGUAGACACCAAGAUAUCACUGUGGUACGUUCUUAGUGAUUUUCUUAGAAACUGGAACGCGACUGUCUGCAAAAUUUGUGAGGAUUGUUGGUCUGUUAACCAUAACAGGGCGGGUAAGAUGAAAUGGCGUUGAUAACUUUAAAGAUCGUCCGGGCGAGUGAUGGUUCAGUCGAAAGAAGGGAACUGCAGAAAGAAAAACUUAAAAAGAAACAGAAAUAUAAUAAUAACGAAAAGAAGAAAAAGAAGAAAAAAAACUGAAUAUCAUUACAAGAAGUGAAUUUUAAAUAGCACGCAAAUUGGUCUGCCUUGUCCCCAUGCUUCCCUUCCUGACGUUUUUACGAGAUUCCCCCGAUGUCGUAAAAAAUUGUGGAUUUGCAUCCUUUCCUUGACUUUUUGCGCUCUUUGUUAGUUCACAAAUUUAUAGAGUUCAAAAUGCUUAGGUUCACUGAAAGGGCCCUGAAAAUGCAGUUGAUUUUAAAUAAAUUUUCUGUGGCAUCAUUUUUGUUUUUUCCUCUUUUCACAGAACUGGUUUGCCUUCUCCAAACUGCACAAGCCUCUUUUCACUGAACAUGGCGUCAUAAGUUUUCCAAAUACGAACCCACCUUCGGAUAAAAUGAACAAUGCUUAUUGUGAGGUGAGAAAAGAAUUCUAUGCAAAAUUAUAAGCAUAAGCGUGCUAUUCACAGGAUUUUCCGUCACAAAUAUUUAGCUUACUUACAUCACUGUUUAUAUCUUCAAAACACCUAUAGUCAUAUACACUGUACGGGGUAGAGAUCAAAGUAACCAGAAAAGCUAAGAAGCUGGUUCACAAAAUAAUGUUUGAAAAACGUUAAUCAAAAUAUUAAAAGGGCAGUUCGUUCUGUUAAAAUGAUUAAUCGCAAAUAUUGUUUGUCCAACCGUGACUUCAAAAAUAAACACAACCGAAGGUAACUAAAGUUAAAGGAAACAGUGUUAAACGUUGUAUGUUUCUCUUCCAUGGCAGUUCGUCACAUUCACGAGAGCUUAUAACUCGACUCCGACAGUGCUUGUCUCAGCCAAUCACAGCACGACAGUAUCUGGGAAUUCAGCACCGAUCCACAACGGAAUUACAACUUGGAUCGAGGUAAAAGUUUCCGUCAGGGGGCGAAUGUGUAGGGAUGUGUCCUGGCAAAAAAAAAUUUAAACCGAAGCUCGACGAAAGAUAAAACUGAACAGAGUCACGCUUGAGGCGAUGUAUAGGUCGAUAAUAGAUGUGGCUCAAAAUGGACCAAGAAAAUUUGAGAUUGCUUAUUGGCUAACUUCAUGUUUUCGAUCGCGAAUGUAAUUAUGUAGGUAUUAUUCAUUGAAGUUUGAAUAAUAUCUUUAAAUACUCAGGCGCCGCGGUGGUCUCAAACUUUAAAUCUGACGGUUCGGGUUUAAACGUUACCGUAGUUUUUUUCUUGGAACAAGUCAUUUGCUGUCUUCAUCAACGGGGAUCAAGGUUUAGCCAGACUGUUUGGGCCUUAUAGCUCCUGCGCCACCAUCAUACCCAUUAUUAGGGAAAAAAAGGAUAUUUUGGAUAACCUUUGAACCUUUUAAUUCCUUUAGCUUUUAUAACUUUAUUAUUUCUAAACCUUCCAAUCUUUUAAUUUUCUAGCGGUCUUUGCAAGCUUUCAUCAAACCACGGUUUUCAGUUACGGCGAAUAUGUUUGCAUUUCUAUGUCACAUAAAAAGACUGUAGGAGAAAGGUUUAAUUUCAGAGACUAUUCUAACAUUCACUCCACGUUAACCCAGUUGUUUAUGGUUACAGCUGCAUAAAAUGUACCAGCUACGUUAAGUGUUUAUUUUUUCAGAACAUGAAUACCUCUGGAUUCAGAGUCUGUGUCAAGGAAUUAUACGGGACCAGAUAUGACCCCUUGUCCGUCAGUUAUGCUGUGCUUACAGGUCUGUAAUAAGUACUGAACUCCUUUAUGAAGUAGUUUUUGGCAAACAUCUUACCCGAUUCAUGAGGAAUUAUAAAUACUUUGGAAGUGCUCUAAACUAACACAAGCAUAUGGUUUGCGAGUCAUGCCGAGUGAGAGUCAAGAGGGUAACAAAAUUCCAGUCGCUUUUUGUUCAAAUUUUCUACUUUCGAUUCCCCAUUUACUGCUAGCAGCAGGGUACCAUUUUGAAGUCCUUGUCUCAAAGAAAUUAGGGACCUUAAGAUGUGAGGACGGCAACGGCAGGUAAAACGGCGCUUAAAAAGUGAAUUCGCAGUUUUCAAUCUUCAUCGCGAUUUUUCCAUCUCGCUUACUUUGUCGAAAGUACGCUACUCCUCCUGAAGUUGAAUUCCUAAGAGCCUUAUAACAGUUAAGCCGAGAAAGAGAAGGAAAAUUUCGUCGUUGCUUGUUUACGUCUCCUAAAAAACACGAAACUAGGCAUUUUCACGUUGUAGUCGUGCAACGACGGCUAAGACCCUGUUUACAUGGAGUGGGGGAUCCCGGUCUAGUGGGGUAAGUUUCUUUUGUUUUGUGUCCCCCAGAGCGUGAAAACAAAAGAAACCAACCCCACUAGACCGGUGUCCCCCACUCCAUGUAAACAGGCCCUAAGAAAUGUAGAAAAAAGCGUGAUGGCACGUGCAUAGUUGUUGUUUUACUUUAAUUAAACCAAUUGCUUUUUGGCCGUUCUCAUUGUCGUCGCCGUUGCCGGAUCUUAAGGUCCCUAAUAACUUAUAAUGACAGAAGACCUCAGUUGCCGAAAUGAAAACCAUCAUGCAUCGAACAAACGUUAAAAGUUAGUGUUGCUUCAGAAUUUUUACUCUAAUUUGAAAAAGUGAUCCCUCUUUCAUCACUGUGACACCACUCCUACUCUCCUCAAGAUAAGAAUAAUGAUGAUGGUCUACUCGCUGCCCCGAAAAAAACGUUAAUUAUUUUUAAUUAUCUUUUCUUAUCACCCUUGCAACAAUACUCCUACAAAAGUGCCGCUAGGGAUAAACAAUAUCUAUCAAUCCGACCAUAAUCAUAUUUAUUAUAUAAUAAUUCAUACUGAUAUCAGCAAUCUAAAUCUUUUCUUCUUUUUACAUUUUGUCAGAUAUUUGUGAUCCUGGCUGGAACUAUUUCAACGGCUUUUGCUAUUUCACAAGUAAGACUUGUCAAAAUUGGACCACAUCACUGGAUAAAUGCCGACAAGAAAACUCAGUUCUUAUUGAUGUCCAAAACAAUGAAGAAAAUGUGUUUUUACAGCAUCUUCACAAUGGAGCAAAAUCCUGGCUGGGAUUGAAUGACAUUUUCACAGAGGGCUCCUUUACUUGGGCAGAUCGUGGUACUGGGAACUUUACAGCUUGGGCCAAAAACCAACCCAACAAUUUUCGAGAUGAAGACUGUGUACAUACACUUGGUGUUGCAUACAAAUACGAAUGGAAUGACGUGAAAUGCAGUGGCUGUCAUCAGUAUACUUGCAAGAAAGGUAUAGUUUUUAAUGUAUGCUUACGUGUAAGGUUAUGGUCAUAAAAAGAGAUUAUUAUCUCUGAAAAAUUACAUGAUUAAAUGAUAUCAUGUCAUUAAACAGAGGCAAACAAAAGAGUUGAAAAAAAAUAAUUAAGUGAUGCAAUGAGAGAACUGAUGGAUAUGUUGCGGUGGGUCAUCCUUGGUGUUAAAACCUGUGAAGUUUUCUUUGUUUUCUAUAUUGUAGCUACUAGUUAUAGUUAUCGCUAAGUGCCAACGAGCAAAGCUUUUACUUAUUGUUGGUUUUCACAUGACAUCACUAAAAUUGAAACUAAAAAACUAUCGAUCCUACCGUGAUUUUGCUUUCACGAUGAAUUAGAGCAGCUGAAAACUAAUUUUCAUACAAAUUUUCGCUUCAAAAGGGUUCUUGAUUUUGUGAUAGAGUACGCUUAAGUUUCUAAGCUUUUGCGGGACGCGGCAUUUACAUGAAGGCCAAGAGAGCUGUUAUAUAGGUUAAAAAAUGAUUUAUUUCAAGACAUUUUGCUAUCUAAACAGUUCAUGUAUUAGAAAAAGUAUUACUUUAAUGAAUGAGUUUCUCGAAGAAAAAAUUCGCGCUUCCGUAGCAAAACUCGGUAACAGAUGUUUCUGUUGGUUUCCCGGGGUGGGGAUGUGCCGCUGGGACCGUGGAACCCUUGACCUAUACCAGAGCUAGGUUAGCUGAAUUUUGCUACCCUAUACUAGAGUAAACUCCCAAAAUCCCCCUAUCCUAGAGUAGCUGUUUACCUAGUCUAGAUAAAAUCUUCAACCAACUGAUCAGUUUCGUGAAAAAUGAUACCCUAUUCUAGACCCAAACGCUCUGAUUUAUAUACCCUAUCCUAGAGUAAACUGCUUGAAAACCAUACCCUUCACAGCGGCACAUACCCAUAUAGCCCAUAUAUGGCAGUACCCCCCCGGGGUUGGUUUCCGUCCGCCAUGUUGGAGCUCAUCCAGGUGGACACCAGCAAGGCGUCUCUAUACUAUUUAAGUCUCUAUAAGUUUGGGUAAAACAUUUCUUCGGAUAUCUCGAGCUCGUAUACGAAAUAUUCCUCUGACCUGAAUCUUGGCGAGGGUCUCUGUAUAUGUACGUCCUUUCAUUUCGCAGAUCUGGACUUUAUCUAUUGAACGGUUUUGAUUUUUAUCUUGAUCUAUUUUGAAUGGCGUGACACUUAAAACCAGCAAUACGCGCGCACUGUUCAGUGUUUUUAGAAAUGUCAUGAAUUACAGUAAUUUAUAAAAAAUAGAUUGAACUUAAUUCGAUCGCAUAAGCGAAAAUUACCUUGAGACGGGUGCGACCUUAAAGCAAGGGGCACUCAUAUACCAUCCUACUGCCAGGCGAGUACCUCACGCAUGAGUACAGUCCUAUCACUAUAAUAAUUACUGAUCCUCAUAAAAUUCUAUUGUUCUCUCUCUUCAUCAAAUCAACGAUUGCAGUCUUAAAGAUGCCAAAACAACUGUCUGUGGAAAAUGGGAGCGGUCCUUUUGUCAGUAGGGAAAUUUUCAGGGGGAAUAUAUACUAAACGCGCUAAAUAAAACAGCCUACAAUAUUUUUAAUAUUGCAGCCUGUUUUAGAAAAUUUAAUGUAUGUGUACAUUGCACUAUACUUGGUUGAAUGAACACGAAGGAUGCACACAGGACUCACAAGCACUCACACGACUCGUGGAUUCUCUGUUCUGUACUAUCACGUGUUCCCUCGACAACAAUGCAUUCUCUGUUCUGCAUUACGUCGUAAAUGUUGCCUUACAUUACUAUAUGUUACAUCGAUUCGAGUUUUUUUCUGCCCCUGGAACAGUAUCUCGCACGGCCCUAUUAGGCUUGCGCCUCUCAGCCUCGCGUCUUCGCGAGGAUGCUUGUUUAAGGAAUAUUUCCCUUGGCUCUAUUAUGUUGACUUGUCAGGGGCUUCUUUGUAUUAAUUGUUUUACGUCACUCGUGAGUUUCACAGGUUUUUACACCGUGGAAUAUGACCCGCUGUAGUUCAAUUUUGUCCUUGGUUUAAAUUUUAUUUCCCUUUUUUCAAAUUCAUUAUCAUACCUGAAUAACAUACCCCAAAAGAAAAGAAAAGAAAUUUAAACCAUAGAUGAAAUUGAACGACAACUGAAACAAAUGAGUAAAUGACAAGCUUAUGAACAAUUUCUAAUUAUAAUUCAAAAUUCUUAUAUUUAUUAGAUUAAACGCCGGGGCGUUUGUUAAAUUUUUCGUUAUUCGAGUGCGGCGUUUAUUUAAUAUUCAUUUAUUUCUUGAAAACAAUAGUAUGGUAACUGAGCAUUAAAACUUUAAAAACAGAAACAUGUUUUACUGCUUGUCUAACUAAAGUCAUUAUCUAUAUCUUUCUCAAUUUCACAAUUUGCAUGUUAAUAUACUACUGGAAUACAUAAAGUGAAUAAAGUUAAUUAUAUUCCUUUGAGCUUCGCAUGUACUGAUCUUAAAGCAUUGUUACAAUCAAAGAAAAUGUUUUCAUCAGGCUUGCUCAAACAUGAUUAUUACUGCAUGUAUUUACUUUUUGAGUCUAUUAUUGGAAUAAACACCGCAUCAUGACGUGGCGUUUAUUCGAGGGCGGUGUUUAAUCGAAAAAAUACGGUAAUUAAAGAAAUGAUAGCUGCUGUAAUUGCAGUAACUAAACAUUAUCUUUCGUACAUUACAGAUCUGAAUGAGUGCAGCAGGGACAAAUAUUAUUGCCAUCGUUUUGCCACCUGUUCGAAUAAUCGUGGUUCCUUCACUUGCACUUGUAACGUUCAACAAGGUUUUAUCGGGGAUGGCUUUGAGUGCAACUUAAAUUAUGCAAGUAAGUGAUCUUAUGCAAAGAAUUAAUUUUACAAUGCCGAAGUUUUAAGAUCACGAGAAGGGAAAUUUUGUAGCAUUUUCAACCACCGAGAAAAGGGUUUGAAAACAAGGACAGGAAAUUUUUUGUAAAAUUUUUAACUAUUAAUCUGUAAUAUAAGAAACCAGUUUUAAGUUUGCAUGCCUUCUGUUACAAGCUGAUUUUAUAUGACAAAUGAAGGGGUGUUCGAGCAACUCGCUCCCUUGACUUAGAAGUACCAGGUAUCUGGGCCCAGUUGUUCGAAGGCCGAUUAGCGCUUAACCCAGGGUUAAAUUUAACCCGGGUUUCUAUUUCUUUUGUUCAAAAGCAUUUUAAUGUCUCGGAUAAUUUUCUCUGUUAUUUUUAAGAGCAUCCAAUCAUCAACUUGUUUACAAAAAGAAUAAAACUGAAAUUACUCUCUAAGCUUUUAUUUCUGAAUUCAAAUUUCGCACUGAUCCUGAGUUAUCUUAACUCAGCUUGAACAACUCGGCCCUGAUUUUUAUUAGCUUACAUUUUGGGAUUCUUUAUUUUUCGCAUCAGCUCGAUCAUAUGUUUUCUUCUACAGCAUCACUUUCCGACUGCUGCUGAACAUAACUACAACAUAACCGCACUCCACUCUAACUGCGCAAAUAUUGCGAAAAAGGCUUAAUAAAUAACUUAACGUUCGAGCUUGCUGACAAUGAGAGUAACCGUUACUCUCGAACGCACUUUCCUAAUGAGUUUAGGGAUUUCCUGUUGAUCACCAAGGUGGAAAAAGUAAACCUAUAAGGUAUGAUAAUGACAUGAGCAAGAAACCAAUGAAAGCUUGACAGCUGAUACCACCGGGCUCUACCGUAAACCAAAACAGGAACUCUGAUGUAGGUAACAAUCACGGUCAGCGAUAAUCCCUAAACGUGCCCAAUUCAGGGGCUGACACUCAAAUUUUAAUAUAUGACAAUUAUGUUGAAAAACUACUAAGAAAGGAAAAUAAUGGAAUUGAAAACCUGUCGAUACAAAAUAUGGAUGAAACUUGAUCUACAAACCUGAUCAUAACCAGACUCUAUAAGGUACGAGUGUAACGUCAAGUGCAAACAUGAAAUAAACUAAAAUAACCCACAAAAUACGGCUUCACAACAGAAAAUGGGACAUAGCAGUACAGCUGUACCUCUUACUUUUCCCUUUUGUCGAGAAUUUUUCCGGUACCUUAAGUAAACAAGUGUUGGGACCCGAGGAGACCAUACAUCGUGCGUCUCAGUAAAAUCUUGAAAACUGGAAUAGUAAGUGACAAGAAAUAAUUACUCUCGACAUAUCAUAAAGAACGUAAAUGCAACCUCACCUGAGAAACAGGUUCUGAAAGGUAAUUAAAGCAAAGCCUCCGUGAAGUUCCCAAAACUCCUGGCCGUUAUGCGAUGCUUUCCUCAUGCCAACCAAAAAUAAAUAAACAAACCAUCAAACAAGAUCUGAACAGCAAAAGAAUUUUGAUACCUUUGUCUUUACUUGUAAUCUCUCGAUAAGCGUUGUUUAUAUUAUUUUGGGGUGGUUUUUGAUCGUCAAAGGGACAUUACAAGUUUGGUUUGAAAGGACUCAAUGAUUUCAGCUAUUUCAGCUCUGUUUAGGAACAACCUGUUAACUUAGAAAAGAUGCAUGAGAAACAAGUAAGGGUAAUCUGAGUGAGCAAUCUCAGACUCUUGUAAAGUGAUUCAAAUUUUGGUGCAAGUUUACAACAAAAAUGAUCAGUCAUUCGGACCAGCUUUCGAGUUCUAGUAUGCCCCGCUAUGGUAAAUUACGCCAAAGUUAACGAUAGUUAUGGUAAUAAAAUAAUAUUAGGAAUAACUAAAUCCUCAAUUUGUGUUAUAUGCUGUUCUUUGGCAUCUUAUUCAGCUGCAUGCCCUGUUGGAAUGGUGGAACAAUUUUGGACCAACUCCCCUCCUACUGUCGAUGUUUUUUCCUCAUAAUUUACAUGUUCUGGGUGUGGUGUUGCAGAGGGUGUGAUUGCCAAAUCCCUGCUGCAAAAGACUGAAAAGACACCGAAACUGAAUGCAUACAUGAAACCAUAAGCAGUCCUGGAGAUAUCCAUUUCAGGAUAUAAGUAACGUGCGUUGUGAUUGGUUGAGAUCAAAACCAAAACAACGUUAAUCUGCCGAGAGCUACUGGAGAUGAGUCAUGAGUAGAAGUGAAACAUUUUUGAUUGCCGCCACUUGUAAUGCGGCUAUCGGCCAAAACGAAAUUAAGUAGUUCGAAAUCACUCCACGGAAAGGUAGCAUAAAUAAAAUAAGUUAUUCAGCAAACGCUCUUGCACUCUGGAAGAGUGGAGCGAAUUCUUCACAGUACAAACUCAUCAUAUAAACGUCCUGAUCCUCGAACCGAAGCCAAAGAAAAUGCUUAAACUACAUCGCAUCAGAUAUAAAUCCUGUAAGAAACAAAAUCAUAGAUAAAUGACAAGAAAUAAUUUUGAAAUCAAUAUGCCUGAAACAGGUCAGCUUCAUGACCUCUCAACGUGAGACCAGCCGCAAAAAGAAAAUUCGACUGCCGGUCAAGGUUUUCAAAACACUAAAUGACCCGCAGUCUUAUAUUUUCAGUAAAUUUCACAAAUCGAAAAAAUCCAGCUAAACCCUGAAACUAUCAUAUUUCGCGUGCCUGAUCCUGCAUGGUUUUUUCGAUUUGUGAAAUUUACUGAAAAUAUAGGACUGCCGGUCAUGUAGAGCAGUGUUUUGAAAACCUUAAGCGGCAGUCGACCUGAAAAAAAGUUCUAAUUCCUAUAUUUUCAGUAAAUUUCACAAAUCGAAAAACUACCAGGAUCAGGAUCUCGACAUAUGACAGUUUCAGGGUUUAGCUGGAUUUUUAGCUGGCGAGGGUGGCUUUGGGCAAAUGAUGUAUCGGUCCCCAGAAAGGUCACCCCAGGACUCCCAGGAUGGAUUUUUUUUUGCACAGUGCCCAGGCCUCAUUUUCUUGGCCGCGCGUUGAUCUGGCCCGGCUACUUCGGCGAGGAUGUUCUCGGUCUUUUUGCAUUAUAUCCUUCGAAUUUGUCAAAGUCUGUGGGAUUCGUUUCUCUAUCUGGGAAAGCUUCAUUGGUUUCUAUAUCUGCUGCUAUCCUAUUUCUACGAUCCUGGCUUGUUUAUUUUCCGUUGGAGUUCGAAUUUCGUGGAAAAAGUUGUGUUGAAAGGGAGCAUGGCGGCGAAAAUGGCAUCUCGUGUCUCCUACCUUGUAUCAUUAUUAUUGUAUAUAGAGGGAAUUUGAACAAAUUAUCACGAAGCUUCCUUGGAGCAUUAAGGACAACAACAACUAACUGCAGAGUAAGUUUUAUUGAUCUUUAUUCAGUAUUUCCUAGAAAUUUUAGGAUCGUAUUUUUACCCUAUACAAACACUGUAAUUUUACUGGAACCGUACUGUGGUACUAUCACAGAGCCUGGGUUACCUGUGCACCAGGCAGAGCAGGAAAUCAUCACAUUCACGGACAAUAGUCCAGGUUCGAAUUAAAAAUUACCGCUGAAUACAAACAUUAACGACACAUUCAUACAGGGUUAGCCUCGACGUAAAGUAAAAUAUUCAGAAAUUCUGGCAAGUAAGUGUUUGAAAUUUGAAUAUACACAAUAGACAGAGUAAUAAACAGGUCUUUUUCUCGUUGGAAUUUGUGAACAUAUUACUUCAGAUGGAGGCUAAGGCUGUAAAAAAUGAGUCGUGACUUCGUUAAGGUGGCUCGAUACAGUUUUUCAGGGCAAAUACCUCCCAAGUUUGAGCAUAAACUACGUUGCCAUAAACAAAGUUUUGGAAAAAUUGCCACCGCAGUUGUAUUAGAUAAAGACGAAAAUUUGUUAUGAUCAGGGUUGCAACGGCAUCGGAGUUGUCAUAGCAACGAAAUGACGCUAUUACCUAUUUUACUUGUAGCAGUAUAUCUCGGCACUGGGAACUGUUCUUCCAAAAUCGUUCACGGGAGCUUUUUCCUCCAAUAGCGGCCUCGAUGUUCGUGAAGUUUAAGCGAAAUCUGUAAGAGCGUUAUCGAGAUAUUUUGGGAUGAAGUUUUUUUGGUUAGAAACAGAGUACAAAAAUGGACAAUAUUGUUGUUUGGCCGUUAUCUGUAGAAAAUGAAGCGCUUUUUACAUGCAAUUUCACCUCAUAGUAGUUUCAAUCUUUUUAAAAACGUGUGUGAAAGAUCAUGGAGAUAGCUCCAGCCUAUUGCUAGAAAGAAGGGUUUUAUUUGCAUGUAUCGAAGCGCUCUUGUUAGCGGUUUUGUAAACAUUUUGGUGUUCUUUAACAAAUUAGCAAAUAGUUUUUAAACCGCUCGAUAGAUUUUUUUAAAAAUUUAAGAUUCUUGAGAUUAACCUUUCCUUUAUAUGACCUUUUAGUUUCAAGAUUAUUGAUACAUUGUAAGGCAGUAAAAUAAGGGCUACAAUUCGUUACUUUUUUAUCGGAAGUUUCGUUAUUACCAGUGAAAGCCUCUCAUUAUUCAAGGCAUUGUCUCCAAGUUUCAUUUUCACGUGAACAACAGUAACUAACAAUGCAUUUGACACAUGCAAAAAUGCUAGCUAUUGUUAUGCGCGAAAAUAUGAAACUUGGAGACAAUACCCUGAAUAAUGAGAGGCUCACAUUUGUAAACACAAAAUCUCUGCCAAAAUAUUGGCGAAUUGUAGCCCUUAUUUUACUUCUUUACAAUAUAUCAAUAAUCUUGAAACUAAAGGGUCAUAUAAAAGGAAGGUUAAUCUCAAAAAUCCUAAAUUUUUAAAAAAAUCUAUCGAGCGGUUUAAAAAUUAUUUGCUAAUUUGUUAAAGUAGACCAAAAUGUUCAAAAACCGCUAACAAAAACGCCUCGAUACAUACUAAUCAAAUCCUUCUUUCUAGCAAUCGGCUGGAGGUAUCUCCACGGUCUUUCACACACGUUUUUAAAAAGAUUGAAACUACUGUGAGGUGAAAUUGCAUGUCAAAAGCACUUCAUUUUCUACAGAUAACAGCCGAACAUCAAAUUAUCCAUUUUUUACCGUAUUUCUAAGCAUAAAAAAUCUUUAUCCCAGAAUUUCUCGAUAACGCUCUUACAGAUUUCGCUUAAACUUCUCGAACAUUGAGGCGACUAUUGGAGGAAAAAGCUCCUGUAAUGAUUUUGGAAGAACAGUUCCCAGUGCCGAGAAAUAAUUGUUUGAGUAAAAUAGGUAAUAGCGUCAUUUCGUUGCUAUGACAACUCCGAUGUCAUUGCAACCCUGAUCAUAACAAAUUUUCAUCUUUAUCUAAUACAACUGCGGUGGCAAUUUUUCCAAAACUUUGUUUAUGGCGACGUAGUUUAUGCUCAAACUUCGGAGGUAUUGGCCUUGAAAAACUGUAUCGAGCCACCUUAAUUCAGCGGUCAUGGCGAACUCGAAAAUGAACUAUUACAAAGAGCAAAGGAAAUGACCUGUAAAUGUCACACAAACAACAGCAAAGAUAAGACUGAUUCGCUCAGUUAAAGUUUGGAAUCCUCCACAGCUUAAUCUACGGAUUUUGGAUUUAAGAACUAAUACAAAUUUGCGACACCUUGCAACACGCACAAUUCACGAACAAAUAAGGCGCGUAAUAUCGGCGUCAUUUUCGAUAACACCGUAACGAUGUCUUUUCAUGUUAACAACAUAGUUAAAGUGGUAUUCUACCACCUUAGAAAUAUAGCUGAGAUUCGUAAGUAUAUGAAUGUCACAACGGCUGAAGUUCUUGUGAACGCAUUCAUAAAUUCGAAGCUGGAUUUCUGCAACUCGCUUUUACAUGGUCUUUCCAAGUAUGAAAUUAACAAACUGCAAAGUGUCCAAAACGCUGCAGCGCGCGUGAUUGCCUGCUUACGUAAGUUUGAUCACAUAAGUGAUACUCUAAAAGAGUUGCACUGGCUACCGGUGGAGCAAAGAAUAAUCUUUAAGAUUAAUCUUAUUUGUUUUAAGAUACUCUUCAAUUUAGCUCCUGAUAAUUUGGUUGACCUAAUCCCUGUUUUUUUAAGGGCUUUUUCAGUCAUUGCCGCUAUACCCUGGAACGAUUUGCCUAUUGACAUUAGAUCGCUCGAUGAUGUAAAUAAGUUUAAAUCUAAAUUGAAGACCUUUCUUUUUAAGCGAGUUGACUAACUAUCUUAGGUUUUUUAUUUUGUAUUUUUGUGACCAUGUAUAUAUAUAUGUAAAUGAUUUUAGGAUUUUUAUUUUUUAUCCAGAUCUUUUUGAAGCAUUGUAAAGCGCUUAGCACUGAAAAGUAUAGGCGCUAUAUAAAUCUUUAUUAUUGUUAUUAUUAUUAUUAUUAUUAUUAUUAACAAUUCCAAAUUAAACGAAACCAAGGAUCAGUUUAGAAUACGAUCCACGAAACGCUCACACAUUGAACCAGUAAUGGCCCCGAAAUUACACACGUCACAGAUUUUCAAAGGCCUUACAUAUGUUUGUUUGAAUAACCAACAAGCAAAUUUACUUUAGUAUCUAGGAGUAAUUUUUUCAAAACCAGAAAAAAUUAUUACACCUGAAAUUUGCAAGAAUUCAAAGACCACUCCACUCAGAAUGCAUGAAAAUCACAACUGUUUACAUCACGUUCGGCAGAUCUUUCUCUGCGUUGCAGAGACGCACCCCAUCUUUCUUUGUUUCAGAUGUUCCUGUGAUGGUCCUUUACAAAUAACGCGUGGUCUCAUGGGAUUUGAAAGGAAACAAAAUAAUGGCGGCGCAAAAGCGUUGCAAAUACUGAUUUUUCUUUGAAGGUCCAAGAUGAAAUUAUCAGUGACGUCAUCAUAUAUCCAGAAAUGGAUAUCUCCCGGACUGAUAAGAAAAAUGUUAAUAAAGAUGUUAAAUUUCAUUGUUUUUCAGUGGAUAAAGCCUCAAAAAAUGAGGCACUAACUUAAAGUACGAAAAAUUGGACACCUGUAUACAAUUUUAAAGGGACUCAUUUUCAAAGUGAUCAAAAUAUCUCGAAACAAAAUUACUGAAACAACAAGACAUUCCUUGCAAACAAACUAACACAAAUUCACCACGACUAACAAAUUCGAAUUUUAAACUUCAAUUGGACAUGACAGGCUAAGUUGGCUUAAUUCAAACUCGUUCCGACUGUAAGAAAACAAGACAGUCUAUUUUCUGCAACUGACUCAACAUUGCUUUACUUUCAAGUGCUACUUUUCUUCGUCAACUUUACCCUCGCAAGGCAAUUCAUUGCAUAUAGCCCCUACAUACAUUCAGAAUCUAGUUUCUUUGAAAUCGCAAAGCAGAUAUAACUUCAGAUCGCCUGGUUGGAUGUUUUGUUAGCGUCGCCAACAAUGAGAACUAAGGUUCAGCAAUAGGCGAUGGGUCCUUCUAGGUGGCUGCGCCCAAGUUAUCGAAUACUUUAUAAGACCCACCCUUUAAGAUCUGCUUAUUGUGAACUGAAUGGACCUUUUGCGCCCAACAGUUUAAUUUUCUCCGCCAAAAACUAUCUCCAGAGUAGCUAUUAUAAAAACUACGAGCACAGCCAUUGCUUUUUUUCUCUUCUCCUCCUUUCCUUCUCCUCGCUGUUUCUUUUUCUCCUUUCCUUUUCCUUCGUUUCUGUAAUUUUGGAGCUUCUCGGACUUAAGAAACCUGCCUUUUGACACCUUUUCACUCAAAUGACUGCAAAUUUCGUUAGGUUGGUUUUCAAAAAAUAGGUUACAUAUAUUUCUGUUUCUAAUCAUAUCAUUAUUUGUUUUCGUAUCGUAAAUAGAUUUUUAAUGUUUUUAUUACCUGUUAGUGUAAGGCGCAUUUAAUCAUUGUUAUCGAUACUUGCGCAAUCUAAGUGGAUAAAUUAUUAAUUAAUAUUGAAUAAUAAACAAUCUUUAAUAUUUAAGUAUCAGAACAAUAAGUAAUAUUUACAGUUUCAAAUUAUAUCGUCUUGUUUCCAAAUUAAAAACUAAAUAUAUGUCCACGAUAGAAAACUAUUUACAAUUGUGAAUAAUUUAAAAGUGGGAAAAGGAAAAUCAAGCAUUACUAAGAAAAAACUUUGAAAAAAGAAUCUAGGCCUAAAAUUAUGAGUGCAGAUGUAGACCAGCUACAGCGAAAGUGAAGUCUUCUGAGACCUCACGUGAUUUGAAUGGAUAUCUAGAACCUCUGACGUAUCUGUGUACAGUUCUUAAUAUAGCAAAUGAGAGCUGUAUUCGAAGCCAGGAAAUAACGCUGGCGUAGUGUUCAUUGUUCUUAGUCGAAAGCUUAUUUGCGAGAGUUCUUAAAAAGUUUUAACAGUCGAGUCCCAUGCCCUCGUUUGAUCUCUACAUCCAUCACUCUCUGGUUGUAUUUCCUCUUCUUCUCGUUUUCUUGCUCUUUGAAGACCGUAGCUGUGCACUUGCCCUGGUUGGACCGGGAGUUAACAUGAGUUACGCGUACGUCAAAGAAUGCCGUUACUCCUGGUGUCCAAAAACCUCCUGCUUUCAUAUCCAGCCUCGCAGUCUCGACUUGUAACAGUGGACUGAAGGUUGAAUAUAUCAUUGUCGAGUGGUUGCAGGAGUGGCUCUGUCUCCACGUUUCUGCACACUUUACUGAUGUGUGAUGUCAGAAGAUCUCGGAUUGUAUCAUGUCUCUGAGCUACAAAACCUCCCUUCUUACAUGACAACGCAUAGUUGACAGUAAACAUUUCUCCACAAGCACAGUAAUUAGGGAGUUUCGGCAGAGGGAGGUUGUAGCGAAGGCAAAGGGAGUCCCUAAACUCCUGCUUGUUCAAAUCCAGUCCGUGUUCUUCGAUUGGAAUAGCGUUCAGCCACGAGCUGACUCCCUUGUCCCUUGUCCGCUGCACCGCUUGGAGUACUGGGAGUAGAUCAGGAGAUCAGGAUUCGUCAAUCCUGUCAAUCCGGGACUUUGCAGCUGCUCUCCUUUUAGCAUUGAUUUCACACUUCCUUUCCUCCAUCAGCUCUCGUGCUGGAAUGGUGGAGCUUUGAUAUUUAAUACUGAAUUGACCUUUGAUAUCUAAUAUUGAAUUGACGUUUUUAACUCGUUUAGGAAUUUAAAAUAGCAUUCAUUGAAGUAGACUCAGGUUGACUUGGUACUGUUGUAGUUCUGAAAAAUGUGUAUCUAUAUUAACGAUUUUGAGAACAACGCAAGAAAAUAAAAUUUUAAAGUGUCCUUCUUUGUUCUUGAAGCCGUCAUGUUUUUUUUUUAGGCCUCGGAUAAAGGCAACUUCCGGUCUUAGGCUGUUUCCUAAAUCUGGCUAAAUUAAAUGGCUCUCUACAUCACUAUUGCUUAUUUUUUUGUUUAUAUCUCGUAGGAGGAUUGACAGGCUCUGCUAUUGUGGGAAAUGAUGUUAGCUACUUAACAUAUUUAAGCACUUUGCUCAAACCAGUCUCGAGCAAAUCGUCACGAUGGAGGCACUGUUGGCGUGCGUCCGUGGACGGCUGGGCUGCCAGUACUUUUCAUGGCCGAUGCGACUAUAAAGGACCAACUGUCACAAUAAUAAGAGUCGGGGGGAAGUACAUAUUUGGAGGGUAUACCAGCCACUCUUGGGGUAAGUGGAAGGAUUUUCUAAACCUGAGCGUGAUAGCAUGUAAAAUUGUGUAAGGAAGAAUUUGUAAUGAAUGUUUUUUAUAUUCAUUUACUUCUCUUUUUGCAAUCACUUUCGUUACGGCUUGCCAUCAGACAUUUGUGAAUCAUUAGGAGCUUAAGCAACCACGACGGGGAGGCCAGCGAAAACAUCACUUAGGGCCUGAUUACAUGGAGGUGGGCAGGUGGGAUAAAAAAAAAUAACCAUCAUUUACAUGCAAUCUUACAACCCCACUAUCCCGGGGUGCACUUUCUCAAAAAUAUUGAAUGGUCGCUAAGCAUGGCUGGCAAACCACGUGUUUUAGCGAUUAAUGCACUUCUACACUCACUUGCUGCACUUACUGCAACCUUCAGUGCUGUGGCUUUCUAUUGUUACCUUUAUGAUGCAAAGCCACCGUAAAAGUGAAUUUUGCGCGAAUUUGAUGUAUCACGAAUCCGACCGCCGGCUUGAAGGGUCACUUCACCUAUCAUGUAAACGUGAUCAAAUUAAAAUUAGAGAUUAUAUGGACAGGCAGGUUACCCCAAGUAAGUGGGCCAUUACCACACCAACCUGGGACCCCCCACCUCCUUGUAAACAGGCCCUUAAAAAUUGCAUUCACGCUGCGUUUCAAACUUUAUUCCUAAAUCGCCCUUAUUCCAUCUCGUACAGUUUGCCAGAUGCUGGCGAAGUUCUUUUUUCGGGUGUUAGAUUCCAAAGGUCCCUGUCAAAGUUUAGAAAAAGAAAUAAAAAUCGUUGUCCUAUGUUCAGGUACUCCAUAGAACGUGAAAUUAGGGCGUUUCACGUCGUAGUCGUGCAACGUCAUGGUAAAUAAUUUACGUUUCGACUCGUUGCGGUAGCUGUCAUCGUUGACGGCCUUGACGGACAACCAUCAAUUAAAAUAAAUAUAGGAAGGAGGGGGACGGAAUUUUUUUAUGGUCAGUUUUUUUAAUGCCCGGCAUUUCUCUUUUUAUCCUUUUUUUGUCCAUUAAAACGUAAUGCACAACUUUUUUUUUUCUUGUUGCCACAAAUUUGGAAUAUAGAGGAGGAGAAAGACCGAGAAAAAGAGAAAGUAGGAGGCAGGCCAGCGAAACGCAACGAGAAAAAAGGCGACAGAGGUCCGGAGCGAGAGAUAACAAACAGAGGAGACAUUUUUUUGUUGGAAGAACAACAUGAAAAUUUUGUAGCGGCGGUAACAAAAUGGGAAAUGCUAGUGGCCACCAAUGCAAGGUGAAAAUGAGCGGCAGUGAAAAAAAGAAGUGAACUUAAACACGAACGACAUUUCCUCCAUAAAACGUGUAACUAAGACGUUUCUGGAAGUUUCACGUUGUACUGGUGCAAAACAGUGGCAAAGAAUGUACAAAAAAAGUGUGCUGCACGGGCAAAGUUGCUAUUUUUGCUAAUUAGUCCGAUUGUUGUUUUUCACCGUUCUUCGGCGUUGCCUUCCCGCUUAGUAUUACACGAUUUUAUAUUUGGUUUGAACAAGCUAUAAAUAUUAUCGAGAGCUUCGCUUUCAGACCCUGGCUAAAUCGAUAUACUAUUUAUAUUUACCACUAAAACUCUAGAAGGAAAUAACAACGGACAAUUUUAACAAAGGUCACACGAAGGGUUCACGCUUUCCCUUCAGUGAAAACUUAUUUUCAAAACUGUGACAGUUUGUCCUGCGACUUGCUAAGGGAAGAUGCAAAAAACUGGACAAAAAUUGCAAAUACAAAUUCCAACCCUUGAGUUUGGUUCGUCAAAAUGUAAAUGACUUAAGUUCAUUUAUUUUAAACACUAGUAUACCUAAAGGGUAGAAAUGCUGCCGUAGGCAAGGAAUAGUGAAGAAAUGGAAAAUUAAGUGUGAAGUGUUUAGUAGAAGGUGAUAUGAGGCUAAGAGGGCUAUCCAAAAUCUUUGUGACAUAAAUUUAGAAAUUAUCUUCCUUUUGAUCGCGUUCAUGACUAACUUAAUUAUGAGCGAGUUUUAGUAUUUUUCUAACGGGCUCGCGUCGCGUCAGAAUUCGAUUUUUGAUAUGUAUAAGUUUAAUCAUUCUCACUUUCAACUGAAUGACUGAAAUUUAUUUUGAAGCUUUGAUUUGGCGAUACGAGCAAAUUAUUUUCUAACUAUGGUGUUCAGUCUUUCUGUUCGCACAAAAAUCGAGCAAUUUCCACGAAACUUAAAAUUCUUGAGUUUACGACUGUUUAUUUCAUCUGGCAAAUUUAACGAAAUUUGUUCGACUGUGAUCUGAGCUGCAAGAUAGGUUUGAGAAACGACAAUGAAAACACAACAAUAACUUGGCCAACCAUAUGCAUUUCACGAAUCAAACACCAAUUUAAACAAUUUUGGAGGGCAGUUAUGUUCAAUUUUUGAUAAAUAUGAUACAUAAAUUUGGGGCUCGUAGUUCUAAUGCUGCUUGUGUGAUUCCCUCUUAGAACAGAAGGAAAUUUGCUUGGAAAAUAAUAAAGACUGCGGCUAUAUGGCUGGUAACCGGUCAAGAUUUUAAAAACACUAAAUGACCGGCAGUCCGAUGUUUUUUUCAAUAAUUUUGACAAAUCGAAGAAUCCCAGCCAGACCAAACCAUCAUACGUCGAUUUAGAAUAGACUUAGAGACUUAGUUUCUGAUCAACAAAUGUUGUCAAAGUGUAAGUCCCUUCAAUUUCUCUGCAACUUGAUGAUUUUAUUCAACUAUUGUAGCGUAAGCCCCAACCGAAGAUAGAAGCUAACCGUCAACCCUAUUCACUUUUCUCAGGGUUUAACCCUAAUCAGUAUGGUUAGUGCUUAAAUUAGUAUUCUCAGUGCUUAACCCUAAUCACUAUAGUCAAAAUAUCGGACUUAUAAAAUAUUGCAUUCUGUGAAAAUAUGCUUGAAAGAUAUUAAACGGCUGCUUGCUCUAGUGAUGCUUUUUUUUUGUCCAUAUGCUACGCUAUUUUGCUGGUCUUAGCGUGUUCUUGAAAUUAGUCUUGAAAUUUCAAGGUGUUGCAGUGAAUCAAUCUCAAUGAAAUUUUCAGAAAUUAUUGUAUGCAUCGUGAAGAUUAUUUGAUGAGGUUUAAAAAGAAUUCUGUCGAGCCGUUCUAUACAGAGAUACAGAAAAGCGCUAAAAGUCAAAAUUUAGAAGAAAGUUGCACUUAAAGAGGUGGUGAGAUAACGGGUUGGUUUUCAGGAUGGCAAGAAAGAAAAUACGCCAAAAUUUCCAAACAGCAAAAUAUGAUAUUAAAAAACUUUCUGAUGCUACUUAAUACAUAACGCGCUAAGACAAGACUAUUUUCAAUAGUCGGGAUAAAUUGUUUAAUAAAAAAGUUGUAAAUAAGUUAUUUACAACUUUUUUUAUUGAACAAUUAAUCCCGACUAUUGAAAAUAUAAGGUUUGUAAUUUACGUUUUAUUUGAAGUCAAAUAUACCAAAUUUUUUAUUUCUUACGGAGAUUAUUUCCUAAACACCACAAGUUCCUGGUGUCGGAUUUUCAGUAGCGAGCCUAAAUUGCUGAAAAUUCGGCUAUUAUGGAUUUCUUUUUUUUGUCUAUUGUUUUCAUGGAGUAAAAUUGAUAUCACCAUGACAACAAUAGACAAAGUCAGUAAGUGUUGAAAAUUUCAUAGCCAUCAGACAAGGAUAAAACGACCUUUAAGGCGACUGAAAAAUAUCGGUACGGGCGAAAAAAACUGUAUCGAAACACUUUGAGUGAAACCCCAUACAGGGGACCCAAAAUUUGGUCCGGGAAAGACGUCCACAUGAUCUUUAUAUCUGUUACCUUUAUUGUUUUCUUGGUUCUGAAACCUGGGUUUAACCUCCAUUCAGGGGACACCUUAGCACUCAAAACGUGACUGACCACAAAGAAGGUUGAUAUCUUUAAGUGUACACUAAUGACUGAUGAUGGCAGCUUUCACAAACUGAACUAUCUCACUUGUAUCGAUAUACUGCACCUGUGUGAAUUCAACAUAUAAAGUCGCAUAGAUAAGUUAAUGACGAUUUUUUUUGUAUUGUCUUUGUUGAUUAAUUAUUAACAGACCUCAACCCAACCUCUAUUCAAGGGACACUUGCAAACAAAGAGAAACAUUUCUUCGAGUCAAAUUUUCCUUUCCUGCAGGCGUUCCUCAGGCAGGUCAGAUUUGUUAAAAAAAAAGGCCAAAGCGGGAUAUCUUUUCUGAGGGUUUUACCGUAAUUAAUAUGCAUCAACUCUUUUUUCACUCAAUUUUUCUUUGCGCAAUUAUUUCAUGUGCUUAUUCGCCCCCAUCCCCCCAAAAAAAAAAAGAACACCGUUCAGUAGCGUUUUGAAGUUACAAUAGCUAGGAUUACGCGCUGUGAAUUUCUGUAAAAAAUCACAAGAUUCGAAAGGCAAAGACGGCAGGGGGUAAUUCGGAAGUUGCAGAUUGUAACCUCAAUGUACCGAUAACUGCAAUUCAUCGCUCUGUUCAAUAUUUUUUGCGUCUUAGCCUUUUAAAUAAGAAGUAGUUUCUUCCUUCCAAAAGUAAAUACUUAAGUAAGAAUAAAAUUAGUAUUAAAAUCACACUUUUCAUCGAUCUUUGCUAAGGAACUUAAACUACUAUUAUUAGUUAUCAGUAUAUUUUCUUAUCUGUAUGAAUUCGAAUUUUUGAAUGAAAUCUGUGCAUUGGUCAUCUUUUUCAUUUUUUAUUUUCCCAACAGGUUACAGUGGCUGCCAGUAUCAUUAUGAUUCCCAGGCAUUCCUUUUCUCGCUGGUGAACAAGCCAGGAUGGGCACCUGUGAAACUGCCUCAGACAGGGAAGUAUAGUUAUCACCGCUAUUCAAUAUACGACUGCUCGUCUUAUGGACCUACUUUCGGUGGAGGCAAUGACAUUAAGAUUGUCGACUACGCAUCAUCCAGUAGCAGUUCCUAUACCAACCUUGACCAUGAUUACACCGCACCAAGUGGGUACAGCUUUGGAAGCACCUUCACCAAGACAUUUCUGGCAGGCACUUUUCGCUUUACUCCAGACGAAGUAGAAACAUUUUACGAAACAACCUAA